GUGAAAUUGGUAUCAUUGUUUUCGAAUCAAUUCUAUUGUGAACAUCGGCAGCACAUAGAGUAGCCCGGAUUUUUGCUGUUCCAAAAUUCAAACGAACCCUUUUUCCAAUUUGAAUUACUUGAUUUUGAAGAUGGCCUUCCGUUUUACGCAAUUUUUGGCCGUAGGCUGUCUCUUGUUGGCUGUUGCCGCCCCCUUGAAUGCUGCUGUCGUUGAUAAUGCUGUGGCCGAGCCACGCAUUGACUCCUCGGAGGAAUUGAUCUCGAGCAUUGUGGAUAACUGCUUCAACUCGAAUGCCCUUCGUUGCCUGAAUGAGAAAGUUUUGACUUAUUUGGAUACCGUGGCUGGUGUUGAUGAGGAUGUCACUGGACGUGCCUUGAACGAUGAUGUUGUUGAUAGCGUCAUUGCUGAUCGUGUUGGCCGCAUCUUGAAAAAUAACGAGAUCCGUGUACAAUUGCCCGAAACUGUCUUUGCCAACUCUGUUGUGACCUACCGUGCUGACCGUGGUUUCGAUUUGGAAAUUCCCGAAUCCACUGAUGCUCGUGGCCACAAGAAGAAGAACAACAAAUUGUUCUUGCCCUUGUUGUUGCUCUUGAAAUUGAAAAUGGGUGUUGUUAUGCCCAUCCUAAUGGCUUUGCUUAAAUUGAAGGUCUUCAAGGCUUUGAUCUUGUCCAAGAUUGCCAUCAAAUUGGUUUUGGGCUUCCUCUUCUACCAAUUGAUCCAAAAAUUGGGUGGUGCUAAGAUGUCCAUGACUCCCGUGCCAGCUGCUUCAUCUUACGACCCCAGCAGCUGGGAAACUCCCAGUGGUGGUCCCUAUGCCCGUUCUGAUGCCCAUUACAUGGCCUACAACAACUACCACCCCAACAGCUACAGCAGCUCCUCUUAAGUGUUGUGCACUAACAUUAAGCAGGGAAUAAAAUGAAGAGAGCCAAAACGUUUCUCUUCACUUCACACUCCCUUUGCCAUUAAUCUCUAAGAGGUUGUCGAAAGCACAAAACAAAGCAAGCUUUCAUACUAGCUCCAUUACCAAUUCCCCAAAAAAAAAAGAACUCCCAUAACAAAAAUCCAGGACAAGCCAUAGGUAAACGUAACUGAGGAUUUCCUAAGAUGCUACAGGAAAUCUCACACAACCCCCAAAUAAUUGUUAAUUUAUUUUAAAUAGUUUUUAAAUAGUUUCACAUUCAAAGCUCUUCAAGAAGAGGCCAUAAAGUCAUUUUCCUGCAUGAUCUACUACUAUAAAGUUUUCCCUUUGCUUGCUAUCCUUCCAUCCUAUCUCCGCCACUGCCACCUUACUAUCCUAUCAAUUUUCUUGAUUUCUUUUUCCCUACUGUCUAUCAUAUCUUUCACAUUCCUCUAUCAUUAUAAGACUGUCAAAACUUUCAGAACUUUAAUUUCCUCCUUUCAUCUCCAUCGACCAAAUGACAUCCAAAAAAACAAACGCACAAACAAAGAUUAAGUUAAUAUUUAUUUAAUUUAUUAAAUCCAAAUGCUAUUUAAGAAUAAAGAAAGAAACAUAAAUAUGUAGAAAAUGUUAAAAAAAAAAUAA